AAUGCGCUGACCCAGUUUUAGGUCUACAUCCUUUUGCUGUUUAUUCAUACUGCAUAUGGUUUACAGGGACGAAUGUUGUAUGUGGAAAGCAGAAAUGCUGAAUUUCAAUUCCAACUUGGAUUAAACCUAACUUUAUCAGAAGCAAGAUGAUGAGUGAAGCAGUGAUCAGUAUCCAAGGCAUGACUUGCCAGUCUUGUGUGAAAAAUAUAGAAGUGAACAUGGCAGCAUUUCCUGGAAUAUCCACAAUUGAGGUUUCUUUAGAAAACCAGGAAGGUGUUGUAAGCUUUGAUCCCACCGUUACCACCGCUGAGAAGAUUGCUGAGGGAAUAGAUGACAUGGGUUUUGAAGCCAAAGUCAAGUCCCCUGGGUCCUCCCCCCAGGAAGUGACAAUCUACAUAGAGGGAAUGACGUGUCAGUCUUGUGUCAAAAACAUAGAGGGCGCCAUCAGCAUGAGGUCAGGGGUCAAGCAGAUCAAGGUAUCAUUAUCACAGAAACAGGCAAGCAUAAGGUAUGACCCCUCUCAGACCAAUCCUAGAACUCUACGUGAACACAUCGACGAUAUGGGUUUUGAGGCUUUUCUGGAAAAACCGAAGCAGACGGCAAAUGUGAAAAUUGGAGUAGAGGGCAUGACCUGCCAGUCCUGUGUCAAGAAUAUUGAAGGGAAUAUGUCCAGCAAACCGGGAGUGAGGCACAUUCAAGUUUCCCUGGAGAGAAAAGAGGCCAAUAUCACGUACGACCCCUCCGUUGUUACAGCACAGAUGUUACGAGAUCAAAUCGAUGACAUGGGGUUUGAGGCAACUCUUCCCAGCCAUGGAUCCUCGACAUCUUUGGAGGAUGAGUUUGAUGAAAUAGCCGGUAGAAGUGCUCCCACGAAAUCUCCCUCAGAUGGCACUCUAGCCAAGUGUAUGGUUGAUAUUGAAGGGAUGACCUGUAUGUCGUGCGUUAAGAACAUUGAGGGUACUCUUUCUGAUGAGAAAGGGAUCGCACAAGUCAGCGUUUCUCUGGAAGAGAAAAGGGGUACAGUGCAGUAUGAUCCCGCCCUCUGGUCCCCCGCCACUGUGGCCGAGAGAAUCAGUGACAUGGGCUAUGAUUCUGUAGUCCAUGCUUCAGCCAUUCCUAAGGUGCCCUCCACUAUCAGCACAACUGUCAUCUCCAUCAAAGGAAUGACAUGCAAUUCCUGUGUGAAGACAAUCCAGGAAGUGAUUUCUGAGAAACCAGGGGUGAGAUCUAUAAAAGUGUCUCUGCAGGAAGAGCAGGGAGUUAUCCAAUAUGAUCCUGACGUCACGUCACCCCAGCAGCUGCGAGACGCCAUAGAUGAUAUGGGUUUUGAUGCAUGCAUCACAGAUGAGACCAAAUUCCCACCAGAAACCACUGUGAUAAUGAACGGCAGUGCAGGGCCAGUGAAGUCCACGCCUUCACGCGGACACCUUCCCAAGACUAACCAUGGCGUGGUCAUACAAAGGAAGGUGGACACAGUGGAAGAGGAUGACCUAGAGAAAUGCCACCUCCAUGUGUCUGGAAUGACCUGUGCUUCUUGUGUGGCUAAUAUUGAGAGGAAUUUACUGAAAGUGCCUGGUAUUUCUUCAGUGUUGGUGGCUUUGAUGGCCCAGAAAGCAGAAGUGAAGUAUGAUCCUGCCUACAUGAUGCCCUCCCAGAUUGCUACCAUGGUCACAGAACUGGGCUACCCCGCCAUGCUGAUCGAGAAUGAAGGAACAGGUGAUGGGCACCUUGAAAUCCAGAUUGGUGGUAUGACAUGUUCAUCCUGUGUCCACCGUAUAGAGUCCCACAUGGUGAAACAACCAGGUAUCAAAUCUGCCAUAGUUUCCCUGGCUACCAAUAGGGGACGCUUUGAGUUUGAUCCGGAAAACACAGGACCAAGAGAUAUUAUGAAUGAAAUAAGGGAUAUGGGAUAUGAAGCUUCCCUGGUCACAGAUAAUUCCAAGAAUUCUGCUGCACAUGAACACAGGAAAACUACCAGGCAGUGGAGAAAUUCAUUCCUGUUUUCCCUCAUACUUGGUGUACCUUGUAUGGUGGUCAUGAUGUACUUCAUGUUUGCCUAUAUGCACAUGCCUGGUCACCAGAUGGCAGCAGGUGGCAGUAAUGAUACAGCUGAUUCCUCACCAGGUGUCCCCAUGGUGACAGCAGGACUGUCUGUGGAGAACUUGAUUCUAUUUUUACUGGCAACUCCUGUACAGUUUAUUGGUGGGAGAUAUUUUUAUAUCCAAGCCUACAAAGCUUUGAAACACAGAUCCACCAACAUGGAUGUCCUUAUUGUCAUGGCAACCACAAUAUCAUAUGUUUACUCAGUUAUUGUUGUGGCUGUUGCCAUGGUGAUGCAAGAGUCCACAAGCCCACGUACAUUCUUUGAGACCACACCUAUGUUAAUGGUGUUUAUAUCAUUGGGACGGUGGCUUGAACAUAUAGCAAAGGGCAAGACGUCAGAGGCCCUGACCAAGCUGAUGUCUCUGCAGGCCAGUGAGGCUUUACUGCUGGAGUGUGACAAGAAUGGCCAGGUGAUCAAGGAACAGAGGAUCAGUGUGGACUUAGUUCACAGGGGAGAUAUUCUCAAGGUCCUGCCUGGAGAGAAGAUUCCAGUGGAUGGUAAAGUGACGGAGGGACACUCCAUGUGUGAUGAAUCUCUUAUCACUGGAGAGUCCAUGCCCGUGGAGAAGAAAAAAGGUUCUUCUGUGAUUGGAGGAUCUAUCAACCAGAAUGGCACUUUAUUGGUGGAAGCUACACAUGUGGGGGCAGACAGUGCUCUCGCUCAAAUAGUUAGGCUUGUGGAAGAAGCUCAAACAUCCAAAGCUCCUCUCCAGGCAGUGGCAGACACCAUAGCUGGCUAUUUUGUCCCUGGGGUUUGCACCAUCUCUCUCCUCACAGCUGUAGUAUGGGUUAUAGUGGGCUAUGCCACUUACAACCAGUUGGACAUUCAUUGGAAAUCAGAAAGUGGAAUGGGCAAGAACGAAAUCAUCUUCCAGCAUGCGUUUAAGUUUGCCAUCACAGUUCUGGCCAUAGCCUGCCCCUGUGCCCUGGGUCUGGCCACACCCACUGCUGUUAUGGUGGGGACAGGGGUGGGCGCCACUAACGGGAUACUCAUCAAGGGAGGAGAGCCAUUAGAGAUUGCGCACAAGGUACAGAGUAUUGUGUUUGACAAGACAGGCACAAUAACUCGUGGUAUAGCAGAGUUGACUAGACUGACACUGUUUAAUACAGGGUUGUCCAAACAUCUGGUGAUAGCUGUCACUGGGACUGCAGAAACCAGCAGUGAACACCCUGUAGCUGCAGCCAUUGUCAAAUAUGCCAAACAGGCAUUGGGUGCAGAGACCCUGGGCAAGGUGUUGGAUUUCCAAGCUGUCCCAGGCUGUGGCUUGAAGUGUAGAGUGACCAAUGUUGAUCAUCUGGUGAGCAGUAUGGAAACAAAGGACAUUCUCAAAGAACACACUAAUAUUGACAGAGACGAAAUACAAGACAUUUAUUUUAUCUGUAGCCAAUAUUAAAUCAAAACUCUUGAAUGAGAUAAGAUACUCUAUAAAUAUUUAUUUUUGUUUAUUGAUGCUUUGGAAAUUACAUGAAUGCCAGUUAAGUGAUAAACACUUAAAUUCAGAUAUUUUAAGCAGGUCAUCUUGUCAAUUGAUAUUGCAGUUCUACACCUUUUCACCAAUAGUUUCAGGUUGAAUUGAGUUUUGCUUGCCAAAUUUAAGAUUUUUUAUACUUGUGUAAAACCAUGACAGUUUAUUUGACAAAAUGCAAAUAUAAAAUUUUCCCAAUAUUGUAGUACUGUAAUAGCUGUUAUGAUAUACAUUUCUGUUUUAUGGAAGGGAUUUAAUUCUUGCCUAAGUUGUCUUUAUUGCCAGUUUGAAGGCCAAAUUGUUCUGGAAGCUUCUUAUAGAUAUGUUAAAAUUGUAAGAUUGUAUAAGUAUGGUAAUUUGUGGCUUAUGCCAAUACAUUACUUUUUUCAGAUUGUGAAGUUUUCAACCCUUCAUUAACAUAGUGAUGUCAAAAAACUUGUUUCAGAAUUCACUUUUUUAUUACUCGUAGUACAAUCUAACUUAUACUCUUUCAGGCAAUACAAUCACACAAAACUUACUUGGGGAAAAUAAUUUGGGAACAUUAUUUAAAAAAUCAGUAAUUACUGAAUACUUUAACUUGUGACCA